AACUCAGCCUGCCCACGAAAUUUGAAUGUGAGAAACAGCUCGCGAGUGCCAUUUAUUUACUACGAUCAGACAACACUACAAACAAUAACUAUAUCUGUCCUGCUGUGACAAACAAACAGACUGUGGCUUCCAUUUGUUUUCCUGGUUGUUAAAGAUGGCAUCGUUCACCCACAGUGAUUUUGUUUCACUGGCUGAGGAGAAAUUUGACUUCGAUGUUUCACUGUCACCAGCAAGCUCCAAAGGAGACGACAAUGUUGAGGACGAAGUCUUCCUGGGUCCAGUUGGUCAUGAAGAGAAAUGCAUUUCCCAUGGAGUCGAGAUUCACAUGAAAGACAGUUUGAGCAGUGGGCCUUCUCUGGGAGAGGAGCCCAGCUGGAGUCCCCUCACAGGAGAUAAAUUUGAAGAAAUCUGCAAAGAGGCUCAUCUACUUGCCAACCACCUUGAGCAAACCAUCACUGACUCUGUUGUAGAGACCAGUGUGGUUUCCUUGAGCCAAGCUGAUGACACUGAGACAUUUGAGGAGGACACCACAACCAAACUCGGCAUGUUCAACAAACCAGCUGUGGUUCUCAGUCCCAUUAAAAGAGAGACUUUUCUUGUGCAGGACAGUCCGAUGAAGCAGCUUCCACCUGCCAUUCAGAAACGUAUGCUGAAGGCUAGCGGGGCACCCGGGUUUGGAAAGCCAUGCCUCAGCACGUCAAGUCCAGUCAGACCUGCUGUGAUACACCCAGCUAGUAGAGGCAAAACCCUUGUGGCCAUUAGUGAGGUGUUACCGAGCAAGCCCACAGCCCAAGGAAGUUCACGACUUUCCACCACCACAAAACUACCCCCUGCAAUGAAGACUAGACUUGCUCCUUCCAGCAAAGGUAAUUUUGGGCUGAAACGCAGUCCCAGCAGCAGAAACACAAGUAGAGCAGGUUCUUCUGAGGAUCUUCUAUCUGAUAACACCAGUGUUGCUUCUGAUGUCAGCAAUUCUUCAUUUAAUGCUAGUUUGCCUAGCAGAAGCAUCAUUCCUUCUCGGAGCAAGACCGAAUUGCGAGCUCCGUCUGCACUUAAAGCUCCAUCACUUCAGAACUCAAGAGUCAUGGACAGGAGGAGAAACACUUCAUCCUCUUCCUCCUCCGUGUCUAGCAUCAACUCUAGUCUAACUAUCUCUCCAGGAGGCAAAGCCAAACUCAAUUCAUCUCUGAACUCCAGCACAAACAGCAUCAGUAGUCGUUCGCACAGCAAUGUGAGUCGGUUGCCCAGUUCCAGCCGCAAAUCCUCUGUUGUUAGCAGAAACCCAGAGCCCGCCGUCAGUAAGAAAACCUCCAUCUCCUCACAGGGGCAGAGGUGCUCAGAACUUCUAUCCAGACCUGUCAAAGCCACACCAAUUAAAAAAGUGGAUCCAGGGCCUUGUACUCGGCACCAGACUCCAGCAAGUAAUACUGUAGAAAAGACCUCUUUUACAUCCAACAUUCCUGCAGUUGCUGCAAAGACUGCUCUUAGGGGCAACCCUAAACUCAAUGCUCCAGUGGUGCCAACACCCAUAAACUACCUGAAGGGUGUGCACAGAUCAGAGGUUUCCUCUUCGCCUGAUGCUCCUCGUAUCAUGAAGCCAAAGAGAUUAUUGUCUGCGUGCAGCAUGGAGAGUAUUCCAGAUAAUAUAGCUGGUCCUGUCCCAAUGGGCCUCCUGACCCCAUCGGCUUUGGGAAGUAAACGGCGGAGGCUCUCUGCUCUUCCCACCCCAGCCAGCUGCCGUAUCUCUGGCAUCCCUGCGUUCACGCCCAAGAGAGUGUCACGCCUCAGCAAGCCUGACCAGAACACAGACCAUGCAUCAAUCUCUAACCAAGAGGCCACUCAUCCAAGUCCAAGGAACCUUAAGGAGAGUGAGAAUCAUGAAGGUGAGCAAGCCACCAUGUCUGGUGAGGAGACCUGCUCUUCCGCUGAUCUCCAGCCCUGUUCUCUGGUCUUCAAUCUGAAGGAUGAGACUGAAGGACCUCCUGCCUGUGAGCCAACAGUUGUGAAGAAUCCCUCAGAAUCUUCCUCAUGUGAUCCAGAGCCUUCACAGAUCAGCAUGGAUCCUUCAACACUCCCAAAUCCAGUGGACAACAAAGACGACCACCUGCAAAAGAAUACAGAGACAAAAGAUGUUAAAGAGGUUUUGUUAGUGGACGUUCCUGCUCCUACACAACAGCCUGUGGAAAAGUCACUCAUUGAUCUCUGCAAUACACCGGACCUGAUUAAAAUCUCCUCUACAAAGCCCUGGGGAGGACAGUUAAUUGACCUGAACUCACCUCUUAUCAAGUGGAGUCCAGAGGACAAGAAAGAUACUGAGAAUGCGCCGCCACUGAUUGACUUGUCUUUUUAGACCAGCUGUGAAAUGACUGUGAACUGUGCCAUAAAAAAAUAAGAGUGGAGCAUUUUAAAUAAUGCUUAAUUGUAUUUUUAAGAGGGGGUGUGGACGCUGCUUUGUAAAGUACUUUUAUUUGUGCUAGUUCUAUAUGAUUUUAUUUAAUUAUGCACAUCUUUUAAAACUUAAUGUUGUUGUUUUA